AUGGACGGGAAAGAGCGGUGUUUUUUGAGAUCAAGUGGUAUUUGCAUGAACGAGCAAGCGAACGAAAUCGCGCAAGCACACAACCCGUGUACACGUGGGCGUGUUCAGUCUUCGGGUACGUUUUUGUGCAACGGGGAAGAGACGACAGUAUUAACAGAGGGAGGGCGGGGUAGGGUAGUUGAAGCAAAACAAUAA